AUGCAACACGGCGACUUGGUUACUAACGUCUUCUACAUGAACCCCCGGCUGGGUAUACUUUGGCUCAGUGAGGAUGUAUCGGACAACAUAGAGAAGCUCAAUAGCCUCAAGACUUGUUAUGGCAGUCAACUUGUUUCAAUCUCACAAGUACUUGUUGAAGAGGCAGAGUGGGACACGAGAGAGUAUUUGCUCGAUUUCUUCAGCAUUUUGAAUGGCCUCAAUAGAGUGUACGUUGUCAUAGACAAGAACCUAUUAUUGACGUCGCUGUUAUUGUUGAUUCAGCUUGACAGCAGAGUUUUGACACAGCUGACCGGCACAGAACUCAGUGCGAUAAUGACCGAAGCCGCUCAAACCACUGUGAUUGCCGACGAUUUCGACUGGUUCAGCAUUCCGAGCUCGAUCGAUACCGUGUUCGCAGAGGAAAUUCUCGGAAGCUUGUCGCGUAAUAGUCGCCCAGAAAGCCUUGCCGCUAUUGGAGCUAUUGCAGAGCUUGUGAUAGAGGGCCCAACUGUCAGCAAAGGAUACUAUGGCAACCUGAACAAAACUACAACGGCCUUCAUUCAUGACCCACCAUGGCUUUUAAACGUCCCACCUGGAUAUUUAGGCCGAAAGGGCAGACUUUACUUGACCGGCGAUCUGUUGCGGUAUAAAUCUGAUGGGCAGCGAAUCGAGUUGACUGAGGUCGAAUACCAUGUUCGCUCCUGUCUGCAAGAUUCAAGUCUUUUCGACGGUCUUGCUGCAGAAAUCAUCAACCCACAGAACAAUAACAACCCACUUUUUGCCGUAUUCUUCAGUCUUGCCAAAUAUGAAGGAGCCGUUGAGCCGGUGGAAGCUACCAAGACUAGACUUAUACAAGUCAUGGACGGUCUGGAAGAGACAUUACGAGAUCGCUAUGGUUCCAGGGGCCUACAUCCACAUCGACAGGAUUCCAACGACACUACCAACAAAACAGACAGACGAUCCCUACGGGAGCUAGGGAGUGCGCUGAGGCUAGAAAAGCUUGCGGGAAUGCAGCCAAGUGCCAGAGGUCAGCGUCAACCUUCAACCGUCAUGGAGAAGCGAUUACAGAUGUUGUGGGCCUCGGUUCUCGAUUUGAAACCAGAAAUAUCUAAGGCAAGGGAGCAAAAGCUAUCUAUCACAGUGGCAGAUAUCUUCAAAGCGCCCCGACUUUCCGAGCAGGCACUGCUGGUCACCGAAAUCGCCCUCGUAGACGAUGCGCAGCCGCUGUCACCAUUUUCCCAGCUCAAAACUGAUGAUUCAGAAGCCUUCCUUGAGGAGUUUGUGUUACUCUUGAUUGAAUCUAGUUGUGGCACUGUCAGGGACGUGAUUCCUGCUCCGGACUUUCAGGAACAUUCAAUCCUGGAAGCGCUUCAAGACCCUCCUAGUCGAUACCCCCACUGGAUUUUUGAUUUACCUGCGGAUGUUGACUUUCCGACACUGGAGCAAGCCUGCAAAAAGCUAGUUACCUGCUUCGACAUCCUCCAGACCAUUUUCAUUCGAGCCGAUAACAGGUUCUGGCAAGCGUUACUCUCUGACUUGAAGCCAGAAUAUGGUGUGUUCGACGCCAUGGACGAGGAUAUCACGGCCUAUACAGAUUCGAUUUUUGAGCAAGAUCUUAAACGACCUCGUCAAUCAGGUCGGUCAUUCAUCCCCUUUAUUGUAAUCAAGCACCAUUCAGGGGCGCACAAGCUCGUGUUUCGGAUCUCGCAUGCUCAGUUUGACGGUUUUAGCUGGGAUAUUGUCCUUCAAUCUUUGUCAUCCCUCUAUAGGGGGGAGUAUGUACCAUCAGUACCGAGCUUUGGACAAUAUAUCGCUUUCAAUGAAACAAGGAAGGAAGAGAGCAUUCGAUACUGGACAUCAAGACUCAACGGAGUUUCACAGCCAACCUGGAGUGCAAGCGACCCGACAUACCAUAUGUAUGAAGUGCCUGUCGUGAUAAACAUAGAUGAGAAUGAUAGCCUCCCCUCGGUUGCGUCAAAACUGCAGAGGCUUUUCAUAGAGGAUGCCGCAUACGAAGCCGUGGGAAUGGUGGAGAUCAUUAAGAACCGCACCGAGUGGCCGGACGAAGCUAGAAACUUUGGUUGGAGGACUGCAUUUCAGCAAGCCGAUGAUUCUGAGUUGACCUUCUUGGGAUCUCCAAGUCGCAUUGACUUUUACAAGAGGGACUCGCCACCAAUAUCACGUCCGGAGAUCUAUACUGCGCCAAAGGUUCGUGUAUUGGAGCUUGAGUUGGAGGUCAACACGCAACUGGUUCCCAGAAAUAUUUUCAUGGACUUCUUGGCACAGCUCAGGUUAGUUCUGAGCGAGGAUUGA